UAUAGGAUCUAGUUUCGCAUUCGAGUCUGAACGUAACGUUUGGUUAUCUCGUAACGACACGACGACGGGUUUUAAUUCACGUGGUGCGCAUUAAUACACAUACGGUGUUGUGUGUGGUGUGUCCUUUUUUUCAAUAUUAAAACACCAAACAAGAAAAAUUAUAUUUAAUUAUUCUCAAUCCUUUUUGAGUGUGUUUUUUCUCUCGGUUCGGGAUUUUUCGUUCGGUUGUUGUAUUCCAUUGCUUUGAUUUUGUUUUCCAAUUAAUUAUUAUCUGAUAUCCUUAUUGUGGAGAUAUUGAAUAAAGUGUGAAAAAGUGUCUCAAUCUUCCUUAUGAUUUUUAAUCAAUAAAUAUCGUUCUUAGUAAAAAAAAAUAAAAUAAAAUAUAGAGACCGGUUUGUUACUGUCCACCGUCAUAAUUCUGGCGCUUUUGGUAAAUUUUGUAACCGUUCAAGGAUUUAUCUAAUACAAAAUACUCAUAAUAUCCUUCUUCGUCUAAGAAAAAAAAAAAAAAUAAUCAAAAAAAUCUUCUUUUUUUUACGAAAAAAAAAGGAAACAAAUCAGUUAAAGGAUUUGUAGUCUAUUUGUCGCAUCCUAGAUUUUUUGUGAAGAUUGUAAAAAGGAAAAUCCCAUCCCAAAUAGGGAUAACCUACUUGUACAUAUACAAGGAGUGUGUGCUUGGAUAUUAUUGUGUGUUGAGUUGGGAGAAGAAGCUUGAUUUCUGUUGAGAUCCUGCAAGUUAAUAAGGGAAAAAAAUAAAAUAAAUAAAAACCAUAUCAUGCCAACACAUAUGUGUGUAAAGGCAUGUUGGGCUUCCGUUUUUUUCGUAUCGAAUGGAUAUAGGAUCGAAAGUGAUGAAAUGAAAUAAAACAAGUGCGCGACAUGUACACGUGAAAAUCACGCAUAUGUAGAUAUAUAUCCUUCAUAUCCUGUAACUAUUUUUAGGUCAACAACAACAAGAAAAAAAAAAAAAACUACAAAAUAAAAUAAAUAAAAAUAUUCUGAACAAACAACAACAAAAACAACACCUCCCAUAUCAGCUUAACAUAAAACGGAAAUUAAAGUGCGGUACGGUUUGAAAUAUUGUGUGCGUAAAGGUUUUACCUAUAUCUUGUGUUACUACAGCGAGUGUGUUGAUGUUAACGGUAUCUAUACAAUAUUUACAACAUAGCCUCAUGAAGUGAGUGGAGAUUAGGUGUUUUUGUUUGAAAAAUAGAUAUCCCUACAAACCUGCUAUAGUUAGAGCGAUUAUGAUGAUAAAAGGAUAUUAUUCAUUUGCAAAUUAAAUGUAUACAACACUUAAAAAAGGAUACAUCUAAAUAAAAUAUAUAUAUUUUAUAUUUACACACAAAUAAAGAUAUAGAGAAAAAGCUAUAUGUUUAUGGGUUUUAAAUUUAAAUAAAACAAGGAUGAAACAACAGCACCUGGUACCGGUACCAUACAACUACUGAACUGACCAUUGUCGUCGUCCUCGUCAGUUUAGCAGUUUAUCAUGCUCAUUAAUCGUAUUACUGACACAAUCCGAUAGUUGUUGUAAAAAGAUUCCAAAAGCGUAAUCAUUUGCAAAAUUGAACCAAAGGAUUCUGUUCAUUACAAACAUCUAAGAAGCCAACAAAACGAGAAGAGAAAAACUAAGCAAACGAAGAAAAAUAAAAACCCAAAUUAUUAUUAAAAGACCUUAAAAAAGAAGCUAAUAGCCUACAAAAUAAAGAUCAAAGAGCAAAUAAAAAAUGAAAGGAAAUAAUUAAAAAAAAAAAAAACAAGAAAAAUAUAAACAUCAUACUCCCCAAACAUCGGUUUAUAUCCAUAUUUCUUGUCAGAAGCUUAAUUUCCAGUGAACGUCUUGUUACAAUUUUGUUUUUUUUUUUUAAUUUUUUUAUUUUAUUAGUGUAAGAAAUGUUAGUGUAGUUGUAAUUUUCCUAUUAAUUUCCUUGGCCUUGGCCGAUAAAUUUUCUUCCAAUUUGAAAUAUGUUUUUCCUUUGCACAACCUCGUCUAUGUGUACAUAAAAAUAAAUUUUGAAUUUCGAGAAAUUCUCUUUGAAGACGGAGAUCCUACUUUGUUUGCUAAUUUCGCGAAAUGAUAUAACAAAAAAAAAUAUUAAUAAUAUUAACAAUUUUGAAAUAAAUUUCGGUUCUUGGAAAAAAUAUAAUAUACAUAAAUUAAAUUCAGUGACUAAGAAGUAUAGGUUUAAGAGGAAUAUACAAACAAAAUAUACCUACAAAACAUGGAUCUGGAGAUGCAAUCUAUUUUGCGUAUCAUCGCAGGAGUCUUAAUUUCGGUGUCGCUUUUUACAAAACUCACUUCUGGACAAAUCGACUGGGAUGAUGACGAUGAUCCAGUUUCCACAGUUGCUGUUGAGGCCGUUCUGGGUCGGACAGCAUCCCUGCCAUGUGACAUCGAGCCAGAAGCAAAGGAUGAUAGAGUUUAUAUGGUUUUGUGGUUUAGAGAGAGCGCCGGCAAACCACUUUACAGUUUUGAUGUUCGGGGGAGACCGUUCGAAAAAGCACUCUAUUGGUCCGAUACAAAUUCGUUUGGACCUCGAGCGUAUUUUGUUACAAAUAAGCAACCUGCCAAAUUAACAGUUGACAAUAUUCAAUUAGAUGAUGAAGGAGUGUACAGAUGUCGAGUAGAUUUUCAAAAUUCACCUACCAGAAAUCAUAGAAUUAAUUUAACGGUUAUUGUUCCUCCACAUCAGAUACUCGUUUAUGAUGCAUCUGGGCGAGAUGUUGCUGGAGCUGUUGGCCCCCUUUUAGAAGGUGACAACAUCGUCUUGACUUGUGAAGUUCGUGGCGGACGUCCAGAGCCAACAGUUACGUGGUUUAAUGGCACACAACUUCUACAAGCCGGAUCUGGGGUAUCAAUGGCACGACACGUGACAGUAAACCGCUUGGAGGUACCACAAAUUACGCGGUCGGCUUUGAAUAAUACUUAUAGAUGUCAGGCAUCGAACACAAAGCUAGUGCCACCAGUUGAGAGGAGUAUACGAAUUGGAAUGUUAUUGCGACCAACAACAGUGAACUUGACAGCUAAGCCAAAAGUUUUAUCUUCUGCUACACAAUAUAAUCUCACUUGUAUAGUCGAUGGUUCUGUGCCAGAUACAGAUAUUAAAUGGACUCAAAAUAAUCGACCAUUUAAACGUGGAACGAUACAAACAACACAAAAUGGUAGAAAAGUCACUUCGAUUUUAUCAUUUAAUCCAAUGCCGGAAGAUGAUGGUACAAUGUUAAGAUGUGAUGGUUCAAAUCCUAGACUUCCCAAUUCAGCACUUGAAGAUACGCUUCCAUUGAAUGUCAUAUAUCCACCACAAGUGACAUUAUCACUGGGCUCAACAUUAAAGCCAGACGACAUUAAAGAGGGUGACGAUGUGUAUUUUGAAUGUCAUAUCAAAGCGAACCCUAAGGAACAUCGCAUAACAUGGUCGCACAAUGGUAUGCCUGUUACUCAAAAUGUUUCCUGGGGAGUAAUCAUUUCAACAAGAUCCUUGGUCCUUCAGAGAGUUGCUCGUUUACAUGCUGGCCUUUAUGCAUGUUCGGCUGCUAACGAUAGAGGGGAAACACAAAGUGCCUUAGUUAAUUUACGAAUAAGAUAUGCUCCAGUUUGUAGUACAACAACAGUAACUGUGGUUGGUGCAUCGAUUGAAGAAUCCGUACCGAUUCCAUGUCGAGUGAAUUCAGAUCCACCGGAAAUUGAAUUUGAAUGGACAUUUUCAAGUAGUGGUGAACAUUUUGAAGUCCCAUCUGGGCAUUAUGCGACAAUACAAGAAGCAACUACCACAACAACUGGCGAUAUACACCGAACGAUAAUCGAAUCAAAUGACACCCACAUCGAGACUUAUGUAGAAACAGUCAGCGAAUUGAUUUAUACACCAAAAGGCGAACGCGAUUACGGAACCCUUGCCUGUUGGGGUAGAAAUUCAAUUGGCAAACAAGUGGAGCCCUGUUUAUUUCAAGUUGUACCUGCAGCAAAACCUGGACCACCAAGGAACUGCACACUGCGACCGUAUGUUGUCACAUCGGCCUCAUUGAAUUCGUCAAAUCAAACGACAAUACAUCCUAAUCAAAUGCCACCCGCAUACGGUCGAGAAUCAAAUUAUCCCCACAUGGAAUUUUUACGUGACAGCCGGAUCAAUCGCAACCGCACCAAUACCAAUACCAAUUUUAGUAACAGCAAAAAGGACAACACCAACAACAACAAAAAUCCAAAUUUAAAAAAAAAUACCAUCACGAAGAAAUUGAAAAUAACAAAAAAACGAAUAUCAUUCACGCCAUCGAAUAUGAUGCCAUUGGACAAGGACGAGGCUGAUGCAUCAAAUUCACAUCAGGAGCUGGAGCAUCAUCAACAACUACAACAGAAGCAGCAGCAAAAACAGCGUUCCACAUCAGCAAUCUUCGGCCAGAACAUAAAUAAUAAAAGUGAAAUAUACUAUCGCAGGACGAAACGUGAUACGAAACAUGACGAAGUAGCAGCAGCAGCAUCUUCUGCUUCUUCGCUGCCACCAGAUGAUAGUAUUGUUCCACAAGACGUAUCAAGGAGCAGAAGAAGAAGCAAGGAUCAUCUUAAAAAUUCCAAGUCAUAUCAAAAAAUAUCCAAAUCGAAUCAGGACGUGGGUAACAUUUCUCAUUACAAAAGGGCCACAAGGAAGAUAAAGCGAAGCAGUAGCAGUAGCAGCAGUGGAACAUCAAUUCAUCUUUCCAAGAGGCAAGCUACCUUGCCACAGUAUCCAAGUGGUGAUACUCAUCAUCGUGGUGUGGCAUCACCCCAGAGUAGCAGCAGUGUAACCUCGGGUAAUGUAGCAACUCAAACUAUCCACCAUCACCAGGAUCUACUGCAUCUUCAGCAGUUCUCUGACACUGCUGCACCAAGAAGGGACGUUGAUAAAUUAGAUAAGAUUCGUAUACGAAAAUCACUUGAAGUAAUGCAACAACAACAUCAGUCCAUGAAGAACUAUAAAAUUACACCACCGGCAUUUGUGGCAUCAGUGGCAAGUAGUAGCAGUGGCACUAGUAUAAGCAUAUCACAAGAUGCCAACUUAAGUAAUGCUAAGCCAAAUGGCCCAUUGGAUAGUCUUAGCCGCAAUAAUACCUUGAGGCAAAGUGGCGCUGCUGCUGGAGCUGGUGGUGGUAGUGGUGCUUCAGAUAACAAUGAGAUAGAUGAGGAUAAGGGUCUUGAGGAAACCGAUGACUAUCAACCUAGAUUUGCCUAUUCACGCAUGGAAACUUACUACAAUGGUUAUGUUACAACGAAUGGCAAUGGCAUGCACUUGGAAAAUUAUGAUAAUAUAAUCUAUUCAACAAUGGAAUUGGAGUGUUUGCCGGGUUAUGAUGGGGGUUUGCAACAGCAGUUUUUCUUGGAAGCGUACGACUCGAAGACAAAGAAACUGCGAUUGAAUACGACUAGUACGUAUUCGGAUGCACCGAUUUUUCGGAUCGAUUUGACAGAUUUAUCACCAAUGGAAUACUACCCCGAUCCGAAUCCGGCUCUUCAUCUUGUCGUCUAUAGUGUUAACCAGAAGGGGCGUUCCGAACCGAUUGUCUUGGAAAAUAUACCCAUUAACGAAGCGGAAAAGCGUACAGAUGGUCGAAUGGGUCUAUCAAUACUACCUUUGGCUGCUUUACUAACCGGAACUUUAUUCACUGUUGGCAUUGGAGUGCUCUUUGUUGUUGUGGUUGCGGUACGAAAACGUAGAGAACAAGGUAGUCGUAGUAUGUGUGACGACAAAGAUAAACAUUUAGGAAUGGACGUCACAGUGACUGCACCAUUGGAGACUGGAGCUGGACAUCAAAGGCUUGUCGUUGCCUAUACACUAAAACAGGGUAUUGAAAAACAACCAGACAUUUUGAGUGCACAAAAAACUGGAAGUGCGACAUCCUCGCCGAUGGGCAAUCGACCGAAUGCAUUGUGCAUAGGCAAGCCGAAUUUCACACCCGCAGACUAUGAUCCUCAAGCUAUGAGCUAUAAUGAUGUUGAUGAACACAGUACCGCAUCUAGUCGCCAAAAUACCCUCAAACUGACAGCCGAAGCACGAAAAGCCUACCAAAAUCAACAACUCCUCUACGAUGCGCUUCCCAUCAAACCACUUCCUGACAAUAUUGUCUGUGGCCCAACCAAUCUCCAGAAUUCCCGUCACGACAUCAGUGCACGCUACGAACACCCGCUCAGCAAUGCAAUCAAUUUCACAAAUUGCAGUGGCAGCGGGAUCGGCAGCGGCCCGGGCAGUGGGAGCAAUAGCACCCUAAAUAGCAGUUGUGGCGUCAGCAAUCAGCCUUCCCUUCCCAAUAGCAUAGGAAGCCAUCACAAGCAAACCGAACUCUCCUUGGCCGAUUACCUAUCGGCGAGUAGUAUAAUCGAUUAUAAUCUCAGCAAUCCAGCGCAAACAGGCACUUUGCCUAAAUCAUUGGUCAAUCCCUCAACAUCCUCAUCGAUAACGAGUAAAACGAACUCAAAUCGAAAUCACAUUAUCACGGACACAUUGCCCGGCCCCGAGAGUUGUGUCUAAAAAAUAAAACCAAUAAAAUAAAUUUAAAUAAAUUUAAAAAAAAUAUAUUUAUAUACAAUCAAAAAAAGAUAUCAGCACAUCAUCGCAUCGAAACGGACAAUUUAGGAGAUAUUAUAAAAUAAAAACAAACA